GCGUGCGUGUUUGUGUGUGUGUGUGUGCGCUCCCUUUUUUUUUUUCUCUCUCUCUCUCUCUCUCGAGUGCCGCUAAAUUAAAUAAUUGCACGCCACAGCAGUAAACAGCCAUUAAAUCUCGCCACAAAUCUGCAGCAGCAAAGAGCAGAAAGCGCAGCAUAGAUGCAGCCAAGAGAACGUUGUUGAAGAAGUGAAACUCUGCCGAUACAGCGAAGUAAAAAUCAAUAAUUAGAGCUCGUUUUCACAAGCAAAAAAGGUAUGCAGUAGCCAACAGAACAGAACAGAACAGAACGGAGACCGAGACCAUCACAUCGUACAUACAAUGUGCAUACAUAUAUACGUACGUACGUACAUACAUACAUAGAUAUAUAUAUAUAUGUGCAGGCAGUCGUAUGUAUGUAUGUAUGUAUUUGUGUCGUUGUAAAUCGGGCAUUUAUGCAAAAUACUCGUAAUAUAUAGGCAAAAGAUACAAAACAUAGGUGGAUCUCCUUAUAGUAGGUAAAACAUAUUCCAGAUAUGUUGUUCGAUCUUAAUGUUAUCUUUUCUAAGCUUGAGAUACUUUCGUUAUACUAUUAUACUAUAUAUGUAAUAGGUUUGUGAUGAAGAGGAAAGUGGAUAUAGUGGAUAUACGGGAAAGUUGACAAUUCCUGGGUAUUACGUAGCUACAUGGCAAAAACAAAAGCACACAUGCAAAAGCACAUGCGACGUAACAUUCCGAUUCCGAUUCCGAUUCCGACCAACAUCAAAAGCGGAAAGGAAAGAAGAGGAAGAGAAAGGGGCAAUGAAAGAAGAAGAAGAAGAAGAGGAAGAGAAAGGGAAACGAAAGGAAAGGCUUCUCUGCUGCAUUGCAGUGAAUUGCGUUCCAUUACCCGCCUUUGCCUUUGCCUUUGCCUUCGCCUUCACCUCUGUCUAAUAGGGGGGAGGUUCCUCUACUCCUCCUCCUCUAUACUCUAUAUAAGCCAAUAAGUUGACGUCCAUUCAUAUAUCGACUGGCUAGAAAAGAAAGUGACUUACAGAAUCGAACCUUACGUUUCCGUGACGUUUUCAUUACGAAUGCGUGACUUUUUCAAGAACAGAAUAGAACAACAGAACAGCCGAAUACAGAGAGAAAAUACGUAUGUAGUUGCCUUUAAAUAUGUGUAAUUACCUAAUGUGCCACAAAGUGUAGUGCAUAGAUAUAGUAUAUAUACUAUAUAUAUAUAUAAUGCACUUUUGGCCAGCCAAGUCGAUAUGGCUGUAGUCCCAAUUCGAAAAAAUUCGCCAAUUCACGACAGCGUGAGUGUACGAAAAUCGAUUGUGUUGAAUAAAAAAAACAAAAAAAAAAAACAAAAAAAAAACGUGUAACAAAGCUAAACAACAUACAACGUACAUAUGUAUGUUGUAUGUUGUAUGUUGUAUGUUGCAUGCAUGUGGAAUGAUGGUACUACGCAUGCCAAUGCUUGCGGAUUAUAUCGAAAACAGUUUUUAAACAUUUUCUUUUCUUGAAAAGUCAAGAUUGUAUAUUCCUCUAUUCUAAAUAUCUUUAUUUCCCGCAGUUUUCCUGCCAUUUCCACAUGAGUCCAUUGAUCUAAUUUGAUUUUUGUUAGCUACUUUACAUAUUGCAAGUUUCAACUUUCAACUUUUUGUGAACUUUUUUAAAAACAAAAAAACCCUUUUUGGCAACAAAUUUCGAUAUAUAAUAUAUUUAACGAAAAUUUUAACGAAUAGAUAAAAGUUACGCUCAAAUGAAAGUUAGUUUUGUAGCUUAAUUAAUUUAGACAUUAGCAUUGAAUUUUUUAAGUUAUUUUAAAACAAAAAAACAAAACAAAAAAGAGCUUUCGCUUCAGUUGAAUAUCGGUUUUGGUGUUACUUUUUCCGAUUGGUAUUAUCAUCAUCAUCAUCAUCAUCAUCAUCAUACUCCUAUAUAAAAAUCACCAUUACAAUAGCACAACAGAUUUCACCAAGAUAUAUAUAUAUAUAUACCAUAUAUAUAUAUCUAUAUAUAUAUAGAACCAAAAAAAAAGAACGUGAAAUUCGAUUCCAGAGUCAUGUUAAACAGCGCAAAUAACAAUUCUCCCCAGCACCCGGUGAGUGUACCCUCUGAUAUCAACAUGAAUGGCUAUAACCGAAAGUCGCCACAAAAACGGCGCUAUGAGAUGCCAAAAUAUGCUGCAGCACCAAAGAAGAAAAUCUGCAAGGAGCGCAUUCCGCAGCCAAAGAACACGGUGGCAAUGCUGAAUGAGUUAAGACAUGGACUGAUUUACAAAUUGGAGUCACAGACUGGUCCGGUGCACGCACCUUUAUUUACGAUAUCCGUUGAGGUCGAUGGACAGAAAUACCUGGGCCAGGGACGCAGUAAAAAGGUUGCACGAAUCGAGGCGGCUGCCACGGCAUUGCGAAGCUUUAUACAGUUUAAGGAUGGAGCCGUAUUGUCGCCAUUGAAGCCAUCGGGCAAUUUGGACUUUACCAGCGAUGAGCAUCUUGAAAAUGGUAUUGAAAAUUUGUACAAAGGUCAAGAGGUCGAGAUCAUACAGAAGUUAAUGUUGACCGAAAAGAUAUCCAACCUUACCUCGCUUGAACCACCCACGUUGCGUCUACAAAUGUUUUGCAUGAGUCAGAAUGUUAGCAAGAGUGCCAUCACUGUAGAUGGCCAGAAAAAGGUUCCGGACAAAGGCCCUGUGAUGCUGCUCUACGAACUUUUCAACGACGUCAACUUCGAGUGCAUUAACAUUGAUGGGGCGCAGAAUAAUUGCCGUUUCAAGAUGACUGUGACGAUUAACGAGAAGAAGUUCGAUGGAACAGGUCCUUCCAAGAAGCUGGCGAAAAAUGCGGCAGCCAAGGCAGCUUUGGCCUCGUUGUGCAAUAUCUCCUACAGUCCCAUGGUGGUGCCACAGAAAAACGUACCCCUGCCCAUUGACGACAAGUCUUCGUCCAUGGAGCUGCCACAGAUACAUGCCGAUACCAUUGGACGUCUGGUGUUGGAGAAGUUCAUGGAGGUGAUCAAGGGUCAGGAGGCCUAUUCGCGGCGAAAGGUAUUGGCGGGCAUUGUAAUGACUGAAAACAUGAAUUUCUGUGAGGCCCAAGUGAUUUCAGUAUCAACGGGCACCAAAUGCGUCAGCGGCGAACAUAUGAGUGUGAACGGUGCUGUCCUGAAUGAUUCCCAUGCCGAGAUCGUAUCCCGGCGAUGUCUUCUCAAGUACUUAUAUGCCCAGCUGGAUCUGCAGUGCAAUCAGGCCACAGCAUAUCAGUCGAUUUUCGUGAGGAAUACUGAUGGGCAAUACCCUUACAAACUAAAAUCCGGGGUACAUUUCCAUUUGUAUAUAAAUACAGCACCUUGUGGGGAUGCACGGAUAUUUAGUCCUCACGAAAACGACACUGGUGUUGAUAAACAUCCAAAUAGAAAAGCUCGCGGUCAAUUGCGUACGAAAAUUGAGUCCGGCGAAGGGACAAUUCCAGUUAAAAGCAGCGAUGGAAUCCAGACGUGGGAUGGCGUUUUACAGGGACAACGCCUGUUGACCAUGUCCUGCUCGGACAAGAUUGCCCGCUGGAACAUUGUCGGUAUACAGGGCUCUCUGUUGUCUUCCAUAAUUGAACCCGUGUACCUGCAUUCGAUUGUAUUGGGCAGCCUGCUGCAUCCAGAGCACAUGUAUCGUGCCGUUUGCGGGCGAAUUGAGAAAUCAAUUCAGGGCCUGCCACCGCCGUAUCAUUUGAAUAAGCCACGCCUAGCCUUGGUCACAUCGGCCGAACCCCGAAAUCAGGCCAAGGCCCCAAAUUUCGGUAUAAAUUGGACCAUCGGUGAUACAGAACUUGAGGUGGUCAACUCACUGACCGGUCGAACGAUUGGCGGUCAAGUCUCCCGAAUCACAAAGCAGGCGUUCUUUGUUAAGUAUGGUUUUCUAAUGGCAAACUUACCAGGUAUUUUAGUCCGCAAAGUAACCACUGACUAUGGCCAAACCAAAGCUAACGUUAAGGACUAUCAAAUUGCAAAAUUAGAAUUGUUUUCGGCGUUCAAAAGGGAAGACCUCGGAAGCUGGCUGAAGAAACCGAUAGAACAAGACGAGUUCGGUCUUGCCGAAUGACUGCACUCCUCAGCACUAAUAUUAAAAAUGAAAAAAAAAGACAACAGUAACGGCAAGCAAUUAAUAGUUAUAGACGAUAUAGAUUUUAUGAGAAUUUCUUAUGUAGUAGAAGUUGAAAAGUUUAAAUGGUUGCAAGAGCAGCAGCAGCAGCAACAGCAGCAGCAGCAACAGCAACAGCAGUCAACUUAUAUGAACAUGAUCUUAACCCAAUCUAGCCCCAUACCACCAAACCCAACCCAUUAUCCAAAUUGCAAGAACAAAACGAAGCACAAAGAUGCUUUAGCAGCUCCAAAUAUGACAAAGAACGGCUCUAGAAUAUUUAUAGAAUAGAAUGUAGUUUUUAUGCUGGAACUGAGUAAAGGAGUAUUAUGGCGUUUUUUUUUGUAUCAAUAAAAAAGAAAAAUAUAAAAAAAAGAACAAAAAGUAAAAACUAAACACUAAACUGAAGAACAAAUCAAAUUGGCUAAAGCAAUUUUAAUAAGAUUUCUCAAUCAUUAGCUUUAUUAUUUCAAAUUAUGAAAAAAAAGAUUCAAUUUUCAAUAGUCGCCUCUCGACCACGCUGUUAUGAUUAUUUUUGAAAGUGCGUUGAGUUGAGUUGAGUUGAGUUUAAGUUGAGUUUGAGUUUAAGUUUCUAGCCAUAGAUAAUGUUACAAGACAGUUAUUAAAAUAAUAUUUAUAAACCCAAAAGAAAAAAACUAAAAGAAACGAAGAAAUAAAUAAAAUGAAAUAAUAACUAUAACCCAAGCAGGAAUCUUAGAAGUGGUUCUGUUAACGUUUAAGCAAUGUAUUUUGUUAAGUAAUGUUAUUUGCAACGACAUAAUAAUUAUAAUAAUAAAGUCACGCUUAAUAUAUACACAAAAAAAAGAAAAGAAACAAAACAAAGAACAAUUUCAAAAAACAGUAAAAAUACAUUUUAGAUGAAUUCAACUUAUUUUCCUUCUAAUAUAUAUAUAUCUCUAUCUAUAUAUAUACAGAGAGAUAUAGAAAGAGAGAGAGUUACAUCUAAGCUUUCAUCGAUUUUGCAAUGAAUGAAAGAAACUGUGUUCUUGGUUGAAACAACUUACUUGACUUGCGUAGAUUUCUUUAACAUUUUAACUUAACCAUCGUAUUAGUUAAUAUCACAAAAAAAGGAACGAAGGAUAUAUAUAUAUAUUACAUAGAUUAGUUACAAAUUCUAUAGCAAGAUAAAGACAUGACUAAGGCUUGUAGCGUUAGAGAGAUGGCCAUUAUAAUAUCUUUAUUCUAAGCCCACUUCUUCCUUAUUUCUUCCAAAAAGCUGGCUAACUUGGUCCAGCAACUUGCUUGCCAUUGCGCUCUUCCAACUUAUAUGACCCCUUAAAUAUUUCCCUUUCUUGUUAGUUUCUUUCUCUUUGCCUUCAAAGUUGCAUGCAACGUGAAAGUGAAAAGGACUGCUGUAAGAGCAGCAUAGAGCUUGUUUCUAUUUAUGACUUUCAAAAGGGUUUCAAUUUUAUUCCAAAUUAUUUUUGGUUUUUCUUUAAGUUUUAGUAAUCUUAUGAAAACUUCUUCCCAAAUAGUAAAAAACACCAAAUUUUAAUUAUAAUUUUGAUAUAAAACAUAAUUACCGCAGCAUAUUCAUGGAAAAAGCAAAAGAAAACUGUGAGAUUUUCUCCAUUACUCGAUUAAAAAAUAAUAAUAAACGUAUAAAAAUGCCAUUUCUAAUACGAGAAGAUAUAUAAUUGACUUAAGUAAUAUUUGCAAGAACAUACCGCAUAUAUGAUGGAUAAAAACAAAAGUUGAUCUUAUAUAAAAUACUGUGAUACUAAAUUUUACUAGUACUUCCAGCAUAGCUGCAUUUUAUCCAUUCUUAAAUAUUCUAUGAUAAGCAGCAGCAGCAGCAGCAGCAGCAGAUAAUAAUCAAUGACUAUAUAGGAAAAAGAAGAAACAAAAAAGAAAAGAAAUAAGAAAACAUUUUAAAUGACAUGGCACCGCAGGCUUGUCGCAAUUAGAUUUUCAAAUAAGAAGAAAUUUUACAAAGAUAUAUAAGUAAUCUAUCUAAGAGGCGGGUAUAGCAUUGGGAUUCCUCAAAAUAUCAUUUUUAAAGGCAAUGCAAAUAGUCAACUUGUUUAUGGCUCUAAGAAAAACCGCAAACCGCAAAACCACAAACCACAAAACCACAAAUCACAAGCAAAAUGGAAAAUUGUAUUGGGAAAAUAUAUAAGAAAUGAAAACAUAACAUAUUUGUAGGCUAGUUUGUCGGUAUAUUCUCAAGACCCCAUGUUCAAUCUAUCAAUCUAACGAGGUACUUAUCUAAGACCAUGAAAAACCUUAUAAUAACUACAUAUAUGAGAAAUUCUUUUUAAGUUGGCAAAAUGCUAGUCAUUAAACGAGUAUCUCCUGUACUCCUGUUAAUUCAUUUCACUUCACUUUCAACAACAACUUUAGUUUGCCUAAGACAUAAACUAAAACUAGUUUUUAAUUUGUUAAGAAAGUUAAGAAAAAAACAACUCUUGUACUUGGCUUGCUAUGAUUAUGGAUAUAGAAUAUGAUAUAAUAUGAUAUAUGGAUUAAUAUGAACGAAGUAUACAGAAACAGAAGGUUGCUCAAAUUGCAAAAGAAAAAAAGAAAACUUUUUGGAAAGUAUUCCUCUCUCUUCCGGACCUAAGUAGAUGCUUAUAGAGGCGGCGGGGGGGUAUAUGGGUGUUACCCCACACCCCCCCCCCCCGGCCUGAAGAAACAGUGAUAAGUAGAGGCGUUGAGACCAAAAACAAUGUUAUCAAAAGCGUAGAAAAAAAAGCCUAAUUAACUUGCAACUUACAUAAUACGGAUUAGUCGCUUAGGACAAAUUUAUAAGACAACUAACUGAUGUGAAACAUGGGUUAACUUAUAUUCUUUAGAAUAUCCAGACAUGGGGCAACAUCGAAGGUGAACAUAUUAACACUUAUAAUGAUUUUGUAGUUUUAAAACGUUGAGAUACAAACUUACUAUAACCGAUAAAUUAUAUAAGCAGACAGCAGAACACUUUAUACUUUAUAGUUUAUUGUUGGUUUCUCAGAUCAUAACAGAGACAGACAUUACAUACAUUACAUACAUUACAUACUCUUUAUAUAGUUCUUUACAUAGUUCUUAUAUACUUCUUAUCUACUUCUUAUCUACUUCUUAUUCUUAUUCUGAUCACAAAUCACACACAUAAAAGACACCAAAACUAAUUUAGAUUUACACAGACAUCAGCCUGGCCCCUUGGCUUAUCCUUGAAAGUCAGUUUGACCAGAUUUUCUUCAUAACUUUGAGGGAUAAGGUUUGGGUGGGGAGGGUUUUGAGACAUUGCUGCUUUAGUUUUCCACAAGACAAGACCAGACCAGACCAGACCAGACUUGGGAGUCAUUAUAAGCAAACUUAAUACUACCAUAUAUAGAGAUACACACUUAUACGUAAAACUUUGUUCUCGAUCAAAAGUUAGUGCAAAUAUCCAAACUAUUUAAACAGAAAAAACAUAAAACAGAAAAACAUAAAACCAAAAACCUAAUAAAAACACACAAUUAAUAUCUUAAUAAACAGAACAAACUUGGAUUAAAAAUAAGGUUCUUACACACACACACCACACACACACACCACUUCGCUUAUCCAUUACCAUAACUUCAAGGAGUGGGUUUAGAUAAACGAACCCUUAAGAUAUACCUACCAAAGUAGCCACAACAACAAUCUAGUCGAAAAGCGAUCAAUCAUAUUUAGUUUAUGCCGAAUUUGGUUGGGGUUUUCCUUCACUCUUUUAAGCUAAUUUUAAUUUGAAACUUAAUUGAUAUUGAUUCCUCGUAAAGAGAAAGGUUUUACCCGAAAGAAAGUGGCUGACAUCCAAUAAAUAUUAUAGCAGCGCUUCUUUAGUUUAAAAACUUAAAAUUAAAUUUAAAAAAAAGAGCCGUAUGUACCCGGAAAUCAGUAUAUGCAUAGCUUAAAAUGAAAACUAAAAAAUAAACACAAUUAUACGUAAAAGAAAACCAAACUUUGUUCUUGAUCAAAAUUUAGUGCAAGUAACCAGACGACUAUUUAAAUAGAAAAAAACCAAAAACAUUGUUAAAAAACGACUAAAACUUGAAGUCGUCGGCAAAAAGCAAAAAACAAAAAUGAAACAAACAAAAUGUAUUAAUUAAUAACUUAACAAACAAUUUUAAAAUAGUUCUUACGAUGGCCUUUUUAUUUUAUAAUCGACUGUCAGCCAAUAAAAUGAUCCCCACGUCAUUGAAGCCGAAAUUGAAUUCUUAUAAGCCUAUGAAUAUUUACAUAAAUCGUUCGGUCUCCAACUAAUGUAAAUGAAAAUUUAAUAAAUUACCAAUAAUAUAUAGAGUACAAAAA